GUCAGAAAAGCCAUCAUGAACCGCUGUCGGGUCUUUUCCAUUCUCGCUGGAUUGAUUACGUGUAACACCAAAAACAGGCGUUGCUGGCAAGUGGCCGAGCACACGGGUGGGUGCCUGGUCCUGCCCAAACGAAUCUCGCUGCACCUCCAAGCGCGGGAUGCACAAUCCCACGGAAGUCCGCGGAACUCCACCCGACGCCGGGGAGCUGCCGGGGCCAGGAGCGCUGCCUCUGGACCCGCCCUCCCCUCUCCGGCCCUGCCGCCUCCCCGCCCCUCCUCGUGGCGUCGGGCCCCUUCCCUCCGCUUCGGCUCCUCCGUCCCUGCCUCUAUCUCCAUCCUCUCCGUGUCCUCCCGCACAGGUGGGUCUCCUCGCCUCGCCGCCCCCGCCGCGAUGCCGCCCCCGCGUCCCCGCGGGGCCCUGCCCGGGGCGUCCCUGCUCCUCCUGCUGCUCCUCCUGCUCCCGCUGCUCUGCGCGGCCCCCGAUGUUUCAAGGGGAAAUAAGCUUAAACUGAUGCUUCAGAAACGAGAAGCCCCUGUUGCUGCAAAGCCUGAGGUGUCAGUGAAGGAAAUGGCAGCCAAGGAGUUCCUGAGCAGCCUGAGACGCCAGAGGCGCCAGCUGUGGGACAGAAGCCAGCCUGAUGUACAGCAGUGGUACCAGCAGUUCCUGUACCUGGGAUUCGAUGAGGCGAAAUUUGAAGAUGACAUCUCCUACUGGACAAACUUAGGGCGUGCUCGUAAUGAAUAUUAUGGUGGGUACUACCAGCACCACUACGAUGAAGAUUCUCCAAUUGGCCCACGAGAUCCACACAGCUUCAGGCACGGAGCAGGCGUCAACUAUGACGAUUACUAAAGUCAUUUAUCCUACUACAGCUGGUGCCUGUAGGGCUGCACUGGGCAAAAGUGAGUCCUCCCUCGGUCAGAAUGACCCCGCUUUCUUUCUAUUCAUGUCAAACAGCAAGAGUAAAGGAACUGCCAGACUUUGAUGAAAGCAACAUGAUUUUAACUACCAUUACUUAGUAGUACACUUUAUAUAAAGUGUUUUAGAAAUAAAGCUUUUUCGAUAAAAUAA